CUACUCCUGGGGCUGAGGCCCGCAUGGCCUCGCGAGUGGACUACAACUCCCAUGAGGCGCGGAGGCUGCGCAGGCGCGUCGGGGGUUCAAACCUGGGGUGGGAUUCCAUUGGCUGAGCAGCACUGAGUCGGGAGCCCUGAUUGGCUGAGGAGCCUGAGGCGACAGAUUCCGGAAAGGGGAAGAGCAGCCAACAUGGCGGCGGAACGCGGCGCGGGCCAGCAACAGUCGCAGGAGAUGAUGGAGGUUGACAGGCGAGUCGAGUCUGAAGAGUCUGGCGAUGAAGAGGGGAAGAAGCAGAGCGGCGGUAUAGUGGCAGACCUCAGCGAGCACAGCCUGAAGGACGGAGAGGAGCAGGGGGAGGAAGUCCCAGAAGGUACCAGGCCGAAAGGACAAGAGCUGCCCGUGGAUAUGGAAACCAUUAACCUGGACAGAGAUGCAGAGGACGUUGAUCUGAACCACUACCGCAUUGGGAAAAUCGAGGGAUUUGAGGUGCUGAAGAAAGUAAAGAGUCUCUGCCUCCGUCAAAAUUUAAUUAAAUGCAUUGAAAAUCUGGAGGAGUUACAGAGUCUUCGAGAGCUGGACCUUUAUGACAACCAAAUCAAGAAGAUUGAGAAUCUGGAGGCGCUAACACAGUUGGAGAUUCUAGAUAUUUCUUUUAAUCUGCUGAGGAACAUUGAAGGAGUCGACAAGCUGACACGACUGAAGAAGCUCUUCCUGGUUAACAACAAAAUCAGUAAAAUCGAGAACAUAAGCAGCUUACACCAGCUGCAGAUGCUGGAGCUGGGGUCCAACCGCAUCCGGGCAAUUGAAAAUAUUGACACGUUAACCAGUUUGGAGAGUUUGUUUUUGGGGAAGAACAAGAUCACUAAACUUCAGAACCUGGACGCACUUACCAACCUGACGGUCCUCAGUAUGCAGAGCAACCGGCUGACCAAGAUGGAAGGUCUGCAGAGCCUGGUGAACCUUCGAGAGCUGUACCUGAGCCACAAUGGCAUCGAGGUCAUCGAGGGCCUGGAGAACAAUAACAAACUCACGAUGUUGGACAUUGCAUCAAACAGAAUCAAAAAGAUUGAAAACGUCAGCCAUCUGACAGAGCUGCAGGAAUUCUGGUUUUCCAUGGUGAGCACUUACGUCUCUCGUGAUUGAAAACCAAAGCAUGGAAAAGUACAUUCGAAGAGAGCAGAGGUGAAGCUGACGCCAGUGCCUCCCGCCAAGAUAGGCUCUGUGGCUCACAGAGAAGGCCGAAGAAGACAGAACAGAACAUUAACAGCGGUCUUCCUUUUGUGGCGAGACCGCGCAUGAUUUUUAUCUUUUUCUUUUCCUCCCUUGCUGUAUUUCCCACUCCUCGGCAAUGAACAUUUUUAUCUUGGGAAGAAAAAGAGAAGGAGGUGUAUUUCCACGCAUGCUUGUCAGCAAGGGGCCGAGCAGGUGAGCCACAUGGCCGCCUUGUGUGCUCCAUACUGGCGGGAGUGCAGGGGCCAGUGGAGGCCAGCAGAGGCCGAGACCCUUCUCCUGCUGCCCUACAGGUGACUGAGGCCACGUGAGCAGACCUGGCAGGUCGCGGCGGGGUGAGAAAGAAGGGCGUGAGUUCCAAGUGAAACAUCGAUGGUGAGUCAGCAGAAACUGGUCACCAGCUGAGGGAAAGGCGAAGGUCAUGGGCAGGGAGAUGUGUGGGGCCAAGCAAGAAGGCAGCAGUUGAGCUGGGAGCAGUCUAGACAGCCUCCCCUUCACCAGAUCAUCCCGGCUCCCAGAAGUCGGCGUGGACGAGCCCAGAUACGUAGCGUGCUGCGCAGAAGUUAGUGCGUGCGUGUGUAAAGUGUAUAAAUAAGAGCGGGUACACGUGUCCCUCCUUUCUGCAGAGAGAAACCCCAGAAGCAUCAACCUGCAGAAACGGUCGCCCGUGGGGCCCGAGGGGAAGGUGGAGGGUGUAACAGCAGACCGUGUCUUCUCCAAACACAUCAUUUUGCAGAGUUUUGGUUUUUGAAAAUGCUUUAUGCUUUUUUUUAAACAUUUUUAAUUUACAAUUCUAAGUGGACUAAAACAAACGACUCAAUAUUUCAAAUUCCUACAAUAACGACACAGAAGACAGUGACGCAGGAAAGAGUUCUCUGACCAUACGGCCUUUGGGAGCUGCAUCCUAAGCACAGAAAGAACUCCUAAAGGAUCUUGAAUGUCCCUUGGUGGUUUUAUUCGUGAUAAUAUUGGUGUUAUGAUUUUGAAACUAUUUUAAAUAUGUUACAGGAUAAAUAUACUAACGUGAGUAGGAUCCUUCCGAAUACUCCACAUACAAGAAAAUAGACACAAAUACAAAGUCACACUAGUGUGGCCUGUCGUGUUGGGUUUGGAUCUGGGGCCAGGUUUAGGCAUGGAGGAAAGGCCUUCAGUCUUCCCAUCUCGCACAAACAGCUGUCACAUGGGCAGGCAUAGGGAGUAGCUGUUUCCAGGCCAUGGGCUCGGGGCGACCACCGUGUCCACACCACGGCCCUCAGCCAAGGGUGCUCGCCACACACAGGUGGGCCCAGACACAGAGCCGCGGUUUCCCCAAGCAAAGGAAGCAGAAAUUGGAGCUUGGGCUCCUGGGGCUGAAAUUUUCAGGGCAGGCUCGCAGCGGGGCGAUGGCCACACGGAGACAAAGCCAGAGAAAUCAGCCUGAGGAUCCCUCAGCCGAAGAAUAAGCUGCACAUGGGCAGCAGGCCUGGCAGAGGACAGCUGAGGACGUCGGGCCGGGCGGAGAUUCCGGAUGCCACGCAGCGUGUUGGAGGCACCGCGUUCCAACCUGCCAGGGCGGGACGGCUGGCCCGACACCCCAGAAAGCGCAUCGACAGCCCAGCACAGCCACACGUCAGAGGCACAUGCGGCACUCUCCCGGAGCCUGCGGCCAGGCCUUCACGGGACCAGGAGGCUUCGCAGAACACCGCUCUUUAGAGGAGGACAGCAAAACGCAGGCUGCAAGAAGUGUGGCAUCCACAGCAGCCAGUGUGCAGAGAGGCAGGAAAGUGCCACCCAGAACAAGGAGAAAACAUCCAUGGAAACCACAGGAGAUGACCGAUGAUGUGUCCCCCUCACUGAGAUCCUGGCAUUCGUGCCCACGUGACCCCUGCCCACAAGUGUGUGUGGGCCUUACCGACUCAUUUCCAACAAAACAUGGCAGAGGCCACAGGAGCUCACCCCUGUGCUUGGGCUAUGAAGAGGCUGCCCUCGGUCCCAGGGACUCUGUCUUGCUCUCCCUCUUGAAUCCGUACCUGAAUACGAAGUAACAGACACCUCUUCUGACGCCAGCAGCACACAAGGCACACAUCCCCUUUCUUGAAAUGCCCUACAGAUUGUCCACAAAUAGGCGAUUGUGAUAUUCUACCAGUGAUUUACAAGAUGUACCUUGAGAAUUCUUCCACACCGCUGUUUGUAAGAUGUCACUGAGUUUAGGGGAAAUUAAAUGUAAAUCUUCUAUAUAAAUAUCAGCCACAAAAAACCAUCGUAAUGGGAAAUACAUCCUGUGAAGUUAGGGUCUCAAAAACCACAAGCAGUCUGCUGGGAAGAUGUCGAGCAGGGAGACUGUCAAAAGCAGAAUUCCAGUCGUGGACUCAGGCCACCUCAUCCCUGGAUGCUAAAAUCACUGAAGAGCUGGAUGUCUGCCGUGUGUCGCCCCACGUAGAAUUUGCUAAAUGCAAAGGGCAACUUCAUCCAUAGGACCAAGUUUACCGUCCCUGACAGCAACAGCCUGAUGCUGUGUCCCCCCGCCCCCCGUGUGAGUCAUCUAUAAAGCAUACUUGCCAAAAAUGUUUAUUUGCUCUAACCAAGCAUUCAGACCUAACUUUGAGUUUACAGGAAACACGGGGGCUAGAAGAACAUGCUAGAUGACACCAAAAGAGAGCCAGAGGGUACAUCCGAAUGAGGGGCAUUCCACAGGAAAGUUAACUGAGUUUCUUCACAAAGUCAAUUUCAUUUAACAGAAGAAAAUAAAAUGUGAGUAGAAGGUGGGAAAUGUUCUAGAGUAAGAGACCUCAUACCUUCUGGGGAGAUACUCUCUAAGGGUCACACCCCACCCUGUUCCUUUACGCCCCGGUUGUAAAGAACGUAACGGGGGACAGGAGGUGCCGUGUUUUCCCUCAGUGAGUAUAACAUCUUUGCCCCGGCCUGGGCUCAGGAGACUCUGAACUGUGUGUGGAAACAAUACAAGGGAAUGGUUUUGCGCUCCAUUUUGGAAACAUGAAGAUAAGACUCUAAAAGUUAUCUGUAUCCAAGACAUCAUUCCAGUGUUCCAGUGGGGAGGAGUGAAAUCUCCAGUUCCGCACUGAUGGGAUCCUGGAGGAAAUUGCCCGGAGGCCGACUGGAUCACCCGAAAUGCUGGAAUCUGGACUUUAUAGAGAUAGUCUCCCCCCCAGAACUGGCGGCAUGCUGGUGUCCGCGGGCACCGUGACGUGCAGGACGGCAAGCGUGCGGUGGGCAGAUAGGAGAAAACGUGUAUUUUGAACCAGAAGAGGACCGGGCGCUGUGCGGCCGCCUGUGCCAGAGCUGACAGCCUGAGUCCACCACUGUGAUGUUAUGAAAAGGUUUUUAAGCAAUGUUGCAAAAAACCUUCUUUCUUCCAAAGAAUGCUGUACUGCUACUUUUAUUUUGCUGUGUUAAGGUCAAAGCGUAGGUACGUGUGUGCACCGUUUCAGUGGCUGUCCACUUUGGCGGUGGAUGGACUGCUUCCUCGGCACUUCGAAUCGUGCCCACUUUGCAUUUGGCCGUGUGAGCGGCUCACGGGUGGGUAGAUUUAUGCUUCAUCGAAUAACACUUGAGAAUGCGUCCUGAAGGAGCUGUUCUCCAGCGUCCCCUCCAGGGGAUGCACCACUCAGGCCGACGGCAGAGCGCCUUCUCAGCGCCCGGGCCCUCUUGCAGGUUUCCGUCCCUUCGCGGGGCCAAGACCUGGGUUUUGGAAACCUAGACUUUCCGAAGCAGGUGGCACCCUCGGCCCACAAGAAGUCAUGUGAAAAGAGGGUUCCUCGCCCAAGGAGGUCUGGGAGUGCGCGGGCUCACGGGGAAUUAGUGCAGACGUUCUGGCCGUGGCCGCCGAGCAGGUAGCGGACUGGCCUCCAGCCAUGAGCAAGUACAAGAUGUGGUUUGGCUCUACCCAGGCAGAGCACGAGGCUGUGGCCCUGGGGAGGCGUGGCAACUGUGGAGCGAAGAACAGAACCCGCGGUCAAAGUUUAUGGCAAGACAAGGCAUGAGGCACUGCAGAGGGGGUAGCCGUGCAGAGAAGGGGCCCAGCACACCGUGGCCGAGGCCCGAGCCGUCUGGGCCCAAGGCCGCCCCACUCAAGGCUCACGCGGUAGCAAUGCCGGGGUGCGGUGCCCACGUAGAGAGAGCUUGCCGACACCCUCAGCAUCCAGGCUGGACUCCACAGAGGCCCUUCCUGACGGAAGGACCCCAGGCUCAGAUUCGACCUACCGCAGACCCACCCUAAAUAAAGCCUAAACCAAGCUCAAACUAUCUCCAGAGGUGGAGUUUGGAGGUUGGUCCCACCGAGUCGGGGGGACCCUGACAAAGGGUGAAACCAGGUUCACUCAGGGCGUGCUGAUCAGCUGGUAUUAGAACAAAAAAUCCAUUCUCUUCAAAGAAUCCAGUGUCGAUAGCACGUUAUCCACAACGUCUAGCGUUUGGUCUAAAAUCACAGAUCUGUAAAUAGGAAAAUAUGAUCUGUGCUUAAAAAGAAGUUGUCAUAAGAAACCAAACCCUUGGUGCCAAUUAAUCUCUGGGCCUGGAGGGGGGUUGUGGUGUCUUGUUCUCAUGCCCACCUCCGGACGGUUCUUCCUCCUUCCUUCCUCCCACCACGCAGCCUGGUGUGCUCACUCCACCCCGGGGGCCUCACCCCUCCCUUCCUUGAAGAUGUCGGGACUCACUCCCACCCAGCACUGCCCCUGCCACGCGCGGUCCUUGCUGCUCUCCGAGUCCGUGUAGGUGUCCCAGGGGCCUGGCGCCUCCUCACCCCCCCAAAAGUCACGGUUGCUGACACCCCCCCUGACGGACCCCGAGCCCUGUGGUUGCCGGCUCCACGCGGUCCGCUCCAUCUGCCAGCAUUCCCAUCUGCUUGCUGCCCCAUCGAGACCAUCACCAGGGACCCCGGCCCCCUCUCCGUCUCUCGCCUUCUUAGGUGCUCACCCCCGCACCACUCCUACAUCAGGAGGCUGCUAUCGUCACCCCCUUCUGCUCGACCGGCUCACCCUGCAGAAGGUGUUAACUUCGCCUUGGCUGAGCCCACCAUGCUCCCCACGGUGCCUUCCUGCCUUUUGAGCCAAGCUUAGCCCAUCUUCUCCGGGUCAGCUUCCUCCGCCCUCGCCGGACAUCCUUGCGUGGAGAGAACCUCACUCUCAGCCCCCCAUCACGGCGGAUGUAGGCGGUUCUCUGCGGCCACCUCCUCUUCGUUCAAGGACGCCCACCAGUGACGCCCCUGCCCCAGCCCAUAAAAGCGUUUCCACCCGUGCACAGACGGGCUGCAGCCUCUCCUGUCCUGAAGGCUGCCCUCUCUCCUUGACCAUGACCCCCUCCCCCCCACCCA